AUGCGUGUCACCUUCUUCACCGUCUUCGCGCUCGUGGCCGCCGUUGUCGCACAAGCACCAUACACCGGACCUUGCUCUGAUACCGCCUGCGGCGUCGAGAGCGAGAACUGCGAUGCCCAAGGCCGCCAGUGCUUCCCGUUCCCCAACAUCGCUCCAGCGCUCCGCGAGGGCUGCGUCUGCGGUUCUGGUUUGGGGAUCAGACUCGGCAAAGAUCAAAGCGGCAAGGCGCGCAUUAAAAAGACCACCGGAAUCUCACUUGAAAUGGUUCGGUGGAACAUGGCAUUGGAGCAUGGCACAUGA